AGUGGCCGCAGGGGCCGGAGGCGGAGCCGGUGCGGGCGGUCGGAGGCGGAGACGAGUGCGGCCGGGGGAGGGAAGGGGCGGUACCGAAUCGAGCGCUCGGCGCUCCCGGGAGGCGCCGCUGCGAUCGCGCCGUGACCCAGCGCGGCCAUGGCCGGCUUCAUCGACUUCGCGGACGAGGAGGAGGUGCGGGCGUACCUGGAGAACCUGCACGUGGAGUACAGCUACCAGUGCUUCAAGGAGAAGGACCCGGACGGCUGCCAGCGCUUCGCCGAUUACCUGGACGCCGUGAAGAAGGACUUCGUGGCGGCGGCGCGGGUGCUGCGCGACAACUGCGAGGUGCACGGGCACAGCGAGAGCUGCUACAAACUGGGCGCCUACCAGGCCCUCGGCAAAGGUGGACUCAACCCAGAUUUGAAAGCUGCCUACAAAUCUUUCAUCAAGUCAUGUGAGAAAGGUGGGAAGAAGUCACCAAAUGCAUGUCACAGCGCUGGGCUGCUGGCCCAGGACGGGAGAGCCAACAAUGAUCAGCCUGACCCUGUUGCUGCUAGAGACUAUUACACAAAAGCCUGUGAUAGCAAUUUUGCUCCCAGCUGCUUCAACCUGAGUGUGAUAUACCUGCAGGGAGCACCUGGGGUCCCCAAGGACAUGAGCCAUGCCUUGAAGUACUCACUGAAAGGCUGUGAGCUGGGGCACGUGUGGGCUUGUGCCAACGCCAGCCGCAUGUACAAACUGGGAGAUGGCGUUGAGAAGAAUGAUGCCAAGGCAGAGGAUCUGAAAAACAGGGCAAAACAGUUGCAUAAAGAACAGAAAGAAGCUGCAAGUUCCCUAACAUUUGGGGAGUAAAACUGGCAGUUGCAGAUAUUAAGACUGGUUUUUAAAUGGCAAGUGAACUUGUUAUUUAAAUUGUGAGCGUACAGUUUUCAUUUAAAUAAAUAUCCUGUAUUUGGAUGUGCAAAUAAAAUUAUAUUUUUGCGGAUACAAGAAA